GCUUUUUAAAUCGUGAAAUGAUGCGAUGCAAGUGACAACACUAUCAUUUGUUUUUCUAUAUUUUCAAUUUUGUUUCGUGUCGCACGGUCAAGUGAUAAAAAUUUCAAAUGGACCAAUUAUUGGUGAGGAAUAUGACAAUUUCUAUGCGUAUCGUGGUAUUCGCUAUGCACAACCUCCAAUUGGGGAAUUAAGGCUAGCACCGCCACAACCAUACGUAGAAACAUGGACUGAGACUCGAGAAUUUAAAAAUUUCGGAUUUGAGUGUUCGACGUACACUCACAUUGGAUACGUCUAUGAAGGGAACGAAGAUUGUUUGUUUCUGAAUGUCUAUGUUCCGAAAACAGCCGCUACAUCCGCAGAGAAAUUACCAGUUCUCUUCAACGUGCACGGAGGGUGCUUUAUGUUUGGAAGCGGAAAUGGUUAUUCACCUGAAAAUAUUAUGUCGUCACAAAAUAUGAUUUUGGUUACAAUCAAUUACCGUUUGGGAAUAUUAGGCUUCCUGAGCACUGAAGAUGACGUAAUUCCCGGCAAUUUUGGUCUAAAAGAUCAAGUUGAAGCUUUGAAAUGGGUACAGACAAACAUUGAAGCAUUUAAUGGUGAUGCUGGACGAGUGAUGAUUAUGGGAAAUUCAGCUGGUGGUAGUAGCGUUCAUUUUCAUUACAUGUCAAAGUUAUCUGACGGUUUGUUCAACAACGGCUUUUCCCACUCUGGCACCGUUCUGGUUCCAUGGACAAUAGUGCAGAAACCAAGAGAAAAAGCUCAUCGAGUCGCAGCAUUAGCGAAUUGUUCCGAAGAAUCAAGAGUACUCCUGAAUUGCCUAAGGCAGUUACCAGUAGAAGAAUUGGCUGUCAUUGCUAAACAUUUCCAACCUUUCCUUUACAAUCCUUUCACACCAUUCGGACCUGUCGUGGAGCCACCAAGUAUUGGAGCCUUUCUCUCUGAACAUCCGAUUGUUCUUCUCACAGAAGGAAGAACUAAGAAUUUGCCGUGGUUUUCGUCGACUGUACAAGACGAUGGUUUGUAUCCAGGUGCCGAAUUUUACAGUGACAAUCACUUAUCGAUAAUCAAUGAAAAUUGGCUGGAAUACGCUCCGUUUAUUUUGGUUUACAAUGAUACAAUCAGUGAUUUGGAGAAAAAGCAGCAGAUAGCUCUGGACAUAAAAGAGCAUUAUAUGGGCAUACAGCCAAUAACGGAGAGGAAUUUCGGAGCUUUCAAUGAUAUUCUCACCGAUCGACUGUUUAAACAUGGAGCAAUCUUAGCAGUACAGUUACAAUCUCGUUAUUCACCAAGUUAUUUCUACCAUUAUCGUUUCAAAACUCAAGCUGGAUAUUUUUGGCAUACUGACGAUGAAAUUGGAAUCGAUCAUGGAUCGGACGUGUUUUUGGUUUCCUCUUCGCCAAGAGACUAUUCAGAAGAUGAACGCAUUGUAAUUAAAAAUUUUGUCGAUAUGUUCUACAAUUUCGCAGCUACCAGUACAGCAGUAUAUGGUUAUAUUACCGUUGAAAAUUCUGUACCCGGCGAUUUGAAAGCUCUAGAAAUAAAUACCGGUACUGAUUACAAAAUGGUGCAGCUAGACGAGGAAUUUGGGCAAAUUCAUUUUUGGAAUGAAAUUGACGAAAAACUUACUUCAGAUGGGACACUGCAACAUAGCUUGUUCGGAGUAAUGGCUAUGUUUACUUUAGUUGUGAUUAGAAAUUAGGUAGACAAAGCUACAAUUUGUAGUGAUAAUACACUCAAUAAACACAUAUAUGAAGAACAAUUACAAUCGCUAA